AUGCAAUCUCAAAUAUUACCAGAUGGAAAUAUUUUGUCUUUAUUUUCAGGUGGAAUUUACUCUCCAAGUGGCUGUACACCUCGACAACAUCUUGCUAUUAUAAUUCCAUUUCGUAAUCGUGAAUAUCAACUUAAAAUACUCUUACGUCAUCUUCAUCCAUUUUUACAAAGACAAAAACGAUCCUAUCGAAUAUUUGUUGUGGAACAGUUCGGCAAUGGUACCUUUAACAAAGGUUUGAUCAUGAACGUAGCAUUUAGUCAUGCAUCAAAACUAUCUGCACCAGUAUUCAAUUGUUUCAUGUUUCAUGAUGUUGAUCUUAUGCCCGAAAAUGACUACAAUGUAUAUGAAUGUGAUCAACAUGGACCACGGCAUCUAGCACCGGCAGUUGAUGAAUUACGCUAUUCGUAA